AUGGUGGGAAAAAACAACUCGAGCCUUCCACCCGGUUUUAGAUUUCACCCGACCGACGAGGAAUUGAUAAUGUGUUAUCUCCGAUACCAAGCCACAUCGAGGCCGUGCCCUUUUCCUAUCAUCCCAGAAGUCGAUAUCUAUAAGUUCGAUCCGUGGGAGUUGCCAGAUAAGGCUGAAUUCGGAGAGAACGAAUGGUAUUUUUUCACUCCUCGAGACAGAAAGUACCCGAACGGCGUGCGCCCCAAUAGGGCAGCCAUCUCGGGUUAUUGGAAAGCCACGGGCACGGAUAAAUCCAUCUAUAGUGGAGCAAAGUAUGUGGGGAUCAAGAAAGCCCUCGUCUUUUACAAGGGUCGGCCGCCAAAGGGCAUCAAGACUGACUGGAUCAUGCACGAAUAUCGAAUGAGUGAAUCGAGGUCACAACCUUACAAGCAAAGUGGUUCCAUGAGGUUGGAUGAUUGGGUGCUUUGUAGAAUCUACAAGAAGAAGAAUUUGGCAAGAGCCACUCAUGAUGGACUAAUACCAGUUGAAGACACACUUAAGGCUCAAAUUGUGAAAACAAGUGAUCAAAGUGCAUUAAUUGAACCACCACAACAUAACAAAUCCUUUCCAAGAAUAUCUUCCCUAACUCAUCUAUGGGAAUUCGACUACAUGGGCUCCAUCUCGAAUCUCCUGAAUGACGCCUCUUACAACAACAACAACAACAACGCCCCUUUCGGCAAUCAAGAAACGGUCAUCGAUAGCAACGGGACAAUUAACUUUUCGGAGACUGAGAAUAAUGAGAACCAAUUAGGGCAGCCUUCUAUGAAGUCCCAAGUGGAUCAAAAGCAAGGAUUUGUGAGUCCAACGUAUGACAUGCAGUGA